GAAGGAAGGAAGGAAGGAAGGAAGGAAGGAAGGAAGGAAGGAAGGAAGGAAGGAAGGAAGGGGGCAUGGGCCAACUUGGGCCCUCCCUCCAGGUGUUUUGGACUCCAGCUCCCUCCAUUCCUCACAGCCGCCUCCUCCUCCUCCUGAAGCACCUGCCUGGGCACAGGGAGUAGGGAGGAGGGGCCCGUGGCCCUGCCUCAGUUUUCCUGCCUGCCUUUCUCUGCUUUCAGGCCUAUCCACCCCCCCAGUCCCCCCCCCCCGGUCGCCAUGGAGAAGUUUGGGGUGAGCUUUGGGGGCGGUCCUAGCCGGAAGGAGCUCCUGGAGACAGUGGAGCAGCAGCGGGAGCAGCUGGCGCAGUACCAGGCCCGCCUGAAGGACGUGGUCCGGGCCUACAAGGGCCUGCUCAAGGAGAAGGAGGCUCUGGAGGCCAGCCUGAGGGUCCUCUCCGUAGCCCACCAACCAGAUACCCUUGAUCCGGCCGGACCGGGGACGACCUCCGGGUCCAGCCUGGACCUUGGUGAGGACAGGAGCUCUGGUCACAGCGAGGAGGACGGUGCCGGGCCUGUGACGGAGGAAGAAGAGCAGGCGGUGGGGCCGGAGGAGGAGAGCGGGAGCGGCGGAGAGGCGCCAGGGGAUGGGGGCCGGCGCGUGCUGCAGCUUCAGGCCCAGCUGUCCACGCUGACGGCUUCCCUGGCCACGGUUUCCCAGGAGAAGUCCCGGGCGGAGGCCUCCUUCCAGGCGGACAAGCGGCGUCAGAAACAGGAGCGGGAGGAGGCCAGCCGGCGGGCUGAGGAGGAGCGCGGGCGCCUGGCGGAGGAGGCCCGGGCGGCCCGGGAGCAGCUGGCGGAGACCAAGGCCCGGCUCCUGGCGCAGCAGCACGACCGGGCCCAGGAACAGGCCGACCACGCCGCCAUGCUGCGCGAGCUCCAGCGCCUGCUGCAAGCCGAGAGGGCCCUGCGCCAGGAGGCAGAGCGCAGCCUGGAGGAGAGCCGCGGGGCCCUGGCCGGGAAGGCCUGUGCCGCCGAUCGCGCCGAGGAGGCCGAGCACAGGGCCCGCCGCCUGCAGAGGGAGAUGGAGGGCCUGGAGAAGGAGCUGGCGGCCCUGCGCGAGGAGAGCGCCCGCCCCGACCCCCAGCUGCAGGCCCUGCAGUCCGAGAUGGCCGCCCUGCGCAGCCACUUCCAGGCCCAGCUGCUGCAGGAGAUGCGCAAGAUGGCCCAAACAGAGGAGCGUGUCCGUGCAGAGGAGGAUCGAGCAGCCGGCCUGGAGGCACAGAUUUCGGAGGCCUCGGAGCUCUUGGGCAGCUACGAGAGGGCCAAACAGAGGGACCAGCUGGCCAUGCAGCGGUUGCGCGAGCGCCUGUCCCAGCUGGACUUGGAGAACAAGACGCUGGCCUUGGCCACCUCCAGCCGCUGCCCAGUGCCGGACGUGGGCCUUGACGAGAGCGGCCUGGAUGCCAACGUGCUCCGGGACAGGAUUGAGAAGCUGCGGGCCCUUCUGCGGGCAGCCACCAAGCAGGACCUGGAGGAGGAGGAUGGGGAGGAUGAAGGGGGGGAGGGGUCCCUGUGCAAGGCGGAGCCGCCUGGAGAGGAGGCCGACGGGGAGAAGGUGUCCUCGGCCGCCUACUACCAGCGGGAGCUGAAGCAGCUGAAGGAGGAGUUUGAGCACUACAAGCAGCAGCAGCAGCAGCACUGGGCACAGAAGGGCGGUGGGCAGCCGGCACAAGGGGGGACCGAGGGCACCGUGGAAGGGGAGCUGGCGGAGGUGCGGGCGCAGCUGGCGGCCCUGAAGGAGACGUACGUGUCCCUGCGCCUCUCCCAUGAGGACCAGGCCCGGCGGCACCGGGAGCAGGCCGAGGCCCGGCGGCAGGAGGCGUCCCGGGGGCAGCAGCGGCAGCGGGAGGAGCUGGAGCGGGCCCGGCGGGAGGCCCGGGAAGAGGCCCUGCACCUGGAGGAGGAGCUGCGCCGGCAGCGGGAGCGCGCCCUGGCCGUGCUGGCCGAGAAGGAGCUGGAGCUGGAACACCUGCGCGCCCUGGCCUGGCCCUACGCCGCCGGCCCGUCCCCGCCGGGGCACCGCCCCCCUUCGCCCACCCCGCCCCCCUCGCUGCCCCCCUCGGCCCCCCAGGAGGACUUGACGCAGGCGCUGCGCCUCUCGGGGGGCCCCGGGGAGCCCCCCUUCCUGCUGUACACGGAGCAGCUGGCCCGGCGGGCGGUGGAGCUGGCGGGACUCAAGCGGGAGAAGCGGCGGCUGGAGGGGGAGGCGCGGCGGCUGCGGGAGCGGCUCCUGGCGGCGGAGGAGGCCCACCGGGAGGAGCUGGCGGCCCUGCGGGAGCGGCUGCAGCAGAGCGCCCGCGAGCAGGGCCGGGAGGGAGCCAACCUGGAGUACCUCAAGAACGUCUUCUUCCGCUUCCUGACGCUGGCCGAGGGCAUGGGCCGCCAGCAGACCCUGGGCGCCAUCCUCACCGUCCUGCACUUCAGCCCCGAGGAGAGGCAGGCCGUCCUGGGGCCCGGGGGGGCGGGCGGCGGGGGUGGGGGGUGGUGGGCCUCCGGGAGGAGGUAGGAGGGGGGCCUCCCCACUUGCCCACGCACUCUCCCCAAAGGGUUUCCAAUCAUGCUGGUGGUCUGGGCUUCUGUGCUUUCCAUGAUUCCUAAAUAGGGGAUGGGACAAUUAUGUGGGAGCUGCCCCACUCCCUGUCCAUGUUCCAGGUCACCAAUAAAAGACUCACUGCCAAA